GAGGAGGAGGAGGAGGAGGAGGAGGAGGAGGCCGCCGCGAGCGCCGCGCCCCGCGCCAUCCGCCGCCAUCCGCCGUCCCCGCGUCCCGGCCGCCGCCCGACCGCCAUCGCCGGGCCCCGAGGCGCGCGCGGAAGCAGACCAGGCAGAUCGGGAGCGGUGCCGAGAAAAAUUUUCUUACUAGAUGACAUUUCAUCGCAAUGUCCGAUCGUUUGGGGCAAAUAACCAAGGGCAAGGAUGGGAAAAGCAAGUACUCGACUCUCAGCCUGUUUGACAAGUACAGAGGAAGAUCAGUAGACGCGGUCCGGUCCUCAGUUAUUCCUAGACAUGGCUUACAAAGCCUUGGGAAAGUUGCCACAGCCCGGCGCAUGCCACCACCUGCAAACCUGCCAAGUCUGAAGUCUGAAAACAAAGGAAACGACCCCAACAUCGUAAUAGUACCCAAGGACGGAACGGGAUGGGCCAACAAGCAGGACCAGCAAGACCCAAAGAGUUCCAGUGCGACGGCCUCUCAGCCGCCGGAGUCGCUGCUGCAGCCGGGUUUGCAGAAGUCUGUCUCCAAUUUACAGAAGCCGACUCAGGCCGUCAGUCAGGAGAACACAAAUUCAGUGCCAGGUGGACCAAAGUCAUGGGCACAGCUGAAUGGAAAGCCAGUAGGACACGAAGGUGGUUUAAGGGGCUCAAGCCGACUAUUAUCCUUCUCUCCCGAGGAAUUUCCGACGCUGAAAGCAGCUGGAGGGCAGGACAAGGCUGGCAAAGAAAAGGGCGUCUUAGAUCUGUCGUAUGGGCCAGGACCAAGCCUCCGCCCCCAGAAUGUGACAAGCUGGAGGGAGGGCGGUGGGCGAAACAUAAUUUCUGCCACUUCUCUGAACGCCUCCCCAACUGAGCUGGGCAGCAGAAGCGCGAGCGCGGGAGACGGAGCCCCCUCCUCGGCCUGUGCCAGCGAUCCUAAGGACCCCUCCCUCCGCCCGGCCCAGCCCGUCCGCAAAGGGGCUUCACAGUUCAUGGGGAAUGUGUACCACCCUCCUACUUACCAUGACAUGCUGCCUGCCUUUAUGUGCUCCCCGCAGUCAUCCGAGAGCCAGGGUGCCGCGGAGCGAGGCUCCUUCCCCCUCCCGCAGCUCCGCCUGGAGCCCCGCGUUCCCUUCCGACAGUUCCAGAUGAACGAACCCGACGGGAAAGAGCGGCUGGGCCUGGCUCGCCCCGUCCGCCCGCUGAGGCAGCUGGUGGAGCGCGCCCCUCGGCCCACCAUCAUCAAUGCGGAAAACCUGAAGGGCCUCGACGAUCUGGACACAGACGCCGACGACGGCUGGGCAGGCCUCCAUGAAGAAGUGGACUACUCCGAGAAGCUGAAGUUCAGCGACGAUGAAGAGGAGGAGGAAGUUGUGAAGGACGGCCGGCCCGCGUGGAACAGCUGGGAUCCCAGAAGGCAGCGGCAGCUGUCGAUGAGCUCUGCAGACAGCGUGGACGCCAAGCGCACUCAAGAGGAAGGGAAGGACUGGGGGGAGCCCGUGGGCAUGGCCCGUGUUCCCCGGAAGGGACCGGAGCCUCAGCCCCCAUCCAGGAAGGCUCACGGCUGGGCCUCUGGCCCUGACUACCAGAAGCCGGCGGGCGGCGUGUUCCGACAGCAGUCCUCGGAGGACAAGGAGGACAAGCCGCCCCCGAGGCAGAAGUUCAUCCAGUCCGAGAUGUCCGAGGCGGUGGAGAGGGCCCGGAAGCGCCGCGAGGAGGAGGAGCGCCGCGCCCGCGAGGAGAGGCUGGCCGCCUGUGCCGCCAAGCUCAAGCAGCUGGACCAGAAGUGCAGGCAGGCCCAGAGGCAGGCGGAGAAGGACGCGUCCCGCUCGCCCGGCACCGAGAAGGCCUCCCCACCGGAGAACGGCCCCACUGUCCGCAAAGGUUCCCCAGAAUUCCCUGCCCAGGAAGCCAUCUCCACGUUCCCCGAAGAGGCGCCCACAACUUCCCCAGCAGCAGCUCAGAGCAGCAGCAGCAGCAGUGAGGAGGAGGUCAGGGAGGCCGGGUCUCCUGCCCAGGAGUUCAGCAAAUACCAGAAGUCCCUUCCCCCGCGCUUCCAGCGCCAGCAGCAGCAGCAGCAGCAGCAGCAGCAGCAACAGCAGCAGCAGCAGCAGCAGGAGCAGCUGUACAAGAUGCAGCACUGGCAGCCCGUGUACCCCCCGCCUUCGCACCCGCAGCGCACCUUUUACCCGCACCACCCCCAGAUGCUGGGCUUCGACCCCAGGUGGAUGAUGAUGCCCCCCUACAUGGACCCCCGCAUCACACCUGCCCGAACCCCCGUGGACUUCUACCCCUCAGCCCUCCAUCCUUCAGGACUGAUGAAGCCCCUGAUGCCCCCAGAUUCCCUCACCGGGACUGGCUGCCGCUCUGAAGAUCAAAGCUGUGUGCCUCCGCUCCAAGAAAGGAAAGUGGCCGCCAUGGACGCGGCUCCCGUGUGGAGCCCCGAGGGCUACAUGGCGCUGCAGAGCAAGGGCUACGCGCUCCCCCACCCAAAGCCCCCCGACUCCCUGGCUGUGGACCUCCAUGUCAGGAAUGAAAGCUCUUACUGUGCCUCCCCCGGAAGGUCAGGGGGCGUAAGUGCCCAGCGCGAUCUCUUUGAGGAGAGAGGGGAGGAGUACUUGAGUGCUUUUGACAAGAAGGCCCAAGCAGACUUUGACAGCUGUCUUUCUUCUCAAAGGAUAGGCCAGGAGCUUUCAUUUCCACCCCAAGAGAAUAUUCAGGAGGCGGGGGCUCCUGCGAGUCACACCCCAAACCUCAGGUGCCCCCCAUUGGAGCCUGACUUUGUCCCGGCUGAGAAAAAGCCAGAGUAUAGCAGUUGGGACGUUGGCCAUCAGCUGAAGGCCGCUGACACAGCCAACAGUGCGGAGCAGGAGGUGCCCCGGGAGGAGCCGUCUUUUCACGUCUCCUGGGAUCAGGAAGGGAACCCCGAGAAACAGCCGGCCCCAGAGUCGGAGUGGACCCCGGAACCCCGGGGCUCCCGCAGCCAGCACCAGGAGCAGCCAGGCAGGACCCGGAGGUCAGGGCCCAUCAAGAAGCCCGUGCUCAAAGCCCUCAAGGUGGAGGAGAAGGAGAAGGAGCUGGAGAAGGUUAGGCAGGGGCUCGGCGAGGGGAGCGCACGCCUGGCCGCCGCCAAGGAGCCAGGCCCCAAGGCGGAAGAGGACGAGGACGAGGAGAACGACCCCGCGCUGGCCAACACCACCCCUGCCGGCCCGGAGGACAAGGCGUCCGCCCAGGGGGGCCUGGGGCCCGAGGCCAGCAGCAAGUACGAGGAGGACGGGAAGCUGGAGACGGCCGGGGAGACCAGGGCCUCGAGAGAGCCCGGCGAGCUCCCCCCGCCAAAGAGAAACAACUGGAUCUUCAUAGACGAAGAGCAGGCCUUCGGGGGCCGGGGGCAGGCCCGCGGCCGGGGCCGGGGCUUCAGGGAGUUCUCCUUCCGAGGCCGGCCCACCGGAGGAGCGGGGAGCGGCCUGUGCGGUGGGGGGGUCCUCGGGGCUCGCGCCCUCUACGGCAGCGGCGGCGGCCAGCGGGGCGGCCGGGGCCGGGGCCUGCGGGACUUCCCUCAGCCCGAAGACGGCCCCCGAGCCAAGCCCCGGCGCCGGGUCGCCAGCGAGACCUACAGCGAGGGCUCCGAGUACGAAGAGCUCCCCAAGCGCCGGCGCCAGAGGGGCGCGGAGCACGGCGAGGGCUCGCUCCCGGAGCGGGAGGAGAGCGCCCUGAAGAAAGACUCCUGGCGCUCCGCCAGGAUGUGCCCCGAGGACCAGAGCAGCCUGGACGCCAAGAGCCGGGGCCCCCGGGCCUUCGGGCGCGCGCUCCCGCCCCGCCUGAGCAACUGCGGCUACGGGCGCCGAGCCUUCGUCUCCAAAGAGCCGCCCCACUGGCAGGGCCGGAGCGCAGGUGGCUCCUGGCAGGAGUACGGCUCCCCCGACCCGUGCGGGGCCCGCCGCGCCCCAGACCGAGACUACACCCCCGACGCCUACCGCCACGCGGAUGCGUACGGCAGCAGGGCCUGCGAGGACGGCCGCCUGGACGACCGGAGGGCCUUCUUCCAGGACGACCACGGCGCCGACCCGGAGAGCGCAGAGAACCGGCCGUUCCGCAGGCGCCGGCCCCCGCGCCAGGACAAGCCCCCUCGCUUCCGGCGCCUCCGCCAAGAGCGCGAAUCCCUCGUCCUCUGGGGACCCGAGGACGACCCCCACCUGCUGGCCGGACAGUGGCCCGGCAGGUCCAAACUCUGCCCCGGAGACAAGGGCGGCCCGGGGGGGCGCCGGUCCCCCGAGCUGGCCUACCAGAAUUCCUCUGAUCACGCCAACGAAGAGUGGGAGACGGCCUCGGAGAGCAGCGACUUCAGCGAGCGCCGGGAGCGGCGCGAAGGCCAUGCGGCCGACCCGGGCUCGCAGGGGGACAGUGGCCUUCCCGGGGCCAGCGUGGGCGAGAAGAAGGAGCUGGCCAAGAGGAGCUUCUCCAGCCAGAGGCCCCUGGUGGACAGACAGAGCCGCAAGCUGGAGCCGGGAGGGUUUGGGGAGAAGCCCGUUAGGCCAGGUGGUGGUGAGACUUCCCCCCGUGCUGAGAGCCAGCAGAGUGGGACGCCUUUGAAAGCCAAAAGGUCUCCCGACGAGGCUCUGCCUGGAGGUCUUGGGUGCGGUGCUGGGAGCGGCCACGCGCCCUACGCCCUGGAGCGGGCCACCCGUGCUGGCUCCGACAGCCCGGACCUCUCCGGGGAGAAGGCAGAGAAGGAGGCCGCUCUGGCUGCUCGGAGGGCGAGUGAGCAGGAAGAGGCCCGGAAGCCAUUUGACCUGAGCUACGGAAAUGCCAUCAUCGAAAACUGCACGUCCAGCCCUGGGGAGGAGAGCGAGGUGGGCGAAGGCUUCAUCGAUGCCCUCACCAAGAAGCAGCGCCGCCUCCUGGAGGAGGAGAGAAGAAAGAAGGAGCAAGCCGCACAGGUACCUGUCAAAGGCCGAGGCCUUGCUUCUCGCAUUCCUCCUCGAUUCGCUAAGAAGCAAAACAGCCUGUGUCUGGAGCAAGGCGACGUGGCUGCCCCGGGCAGCAGCCUGGGCACUGAGAUCUGGGAGAGUAGCAGUCAAGCCCUCCCUGUGCAGCCUGCAGCCGGCGACUCGUGGAGAAAGGCCGUGACCGCCUUCAGCAGUGCCGAGCCUGGUUCCUCCGAGCAGGGUUUUAAGAGUAGCCAGGGCGACAGUGGCGUGGACUUGAGCGCCGAGUCCCGGGAGUCAUCGGCGACCUCCUCCCAGCGCAGCUCCCCGUACGGCACGCUGAAGCCGGAGGAGAUGAGCGGGCCGGGCCUGGCGGAGCCCAAGGCCGAUAGCCACAAGGAGCAGGCUCAGAAGCUGCCCGAGCAGAAGGACUCGGAACAAGGCCCGGGACAGAGCAAGGAGCACCGCCCGGGACCCAUCGGCAAUGAGCGCUCUCUGAAAAACAGAAAGGGCUCCGAGGGAGCCGAGCGCCUCCCGGGGGCUGGCGUCCCGCCGGUGAACGGGGUCGAGAUCCACGUGGACUCCGUGCUGCCUGUGCCGCCCAUUGAGUUCGGAGUCAGUCCAAAAGACUCUGACUUUAGCUUGCCGCCGGGCUCUGCCUCGGGUCCCGCAGGGAAUCCUGUUGUCAAACUUCAGGACGCCUUGGCUAGUAAUGCAGGGCUGGCGCCGAGCAUUCCCAUUCUCCGGCGGGACCACCACAUCCAGAGAACCAUCGGCCUGUCCCCGAUGUCCUUCCCCACCGCCGACCUGACGCUGAAGAUGGAGUCUGCACGCAAAGCUUGGGAGAACUCCCCCAGUUUGCCAGAGCAGAGCUCUCCCGGAGGCGCGGGCUCCGGCCUCCAGCCUCCGUCCUCUGUGGGCGCCUCCAACGGGGUCAACUACAGCUCCUUUGGUGGAGUGUCCAUGCCGCCCAUGCCCGUGGCCUCUGUAGCGCCUUCUGCUUCGAUGCCAGGCAGCCACCUCCCGCCUCUGUACCUGGAUGGCCACAUGUUUGCAAGUCAGCCCCGGCUGGUUCCCCAGACCAUACCUCAGCAGCAGAGUUACCAGCAGGCCGCCGCUGCCCAGCAGAUCCCGAUCUCUCUCCACACGUCUCUGCAGGCUCAGGCCCAGCUCGGACUGAGGGGCGGGCUGCCCGUGUCGCAGUCCCAGGAGAUCUUCAGCUCCCUGCAGCCCUUCAGGUCUCAGGUGUACAUGCACCCCAGCCUGUCACCACCCAGCACCAUGAUUCUCUCUGGAGGCACGGCCCUGAAGCCUCCGUACUCCGCAUUCCCAGGCAUGCAGCCCUUGGAGAUGGUGAAGCCCCAGUCUGGCUCCCCCUACCAGCCCCUGAGUGGGAACCAGGCCCUGGUCUACGAGGGGCAGCUGGGCCAGGCUCCUGGACUGGGCGCCUCCCAGAUGCUGGACUCUCAGCUCCCACAGCUGACGAUGCCGCUACCCCGGUAUGGCUCUGGGCAACAGCCACUGAUCCUGCCACAGUCUAUUCAGCUGCCGCCGGGACAAAGCCUCUCUGUCGGGGCUCCUCGGAGGAUCCCUCCCCCUGGCUCCCAGCCGCCGGUCCUGAACACCAGCAGAGAGUCAUCUCAGAUGGACCUGAAAGGCUUCCACUUUGCCGACAGUAAACAGAAUGUGCCUACAGGAGGCUCUGCGCCUUCACCACAGACCUACAGGCCUAGCUCUGCUAGCCCCAGUGGGAAGCCCUCUGGAUCAGCAGUUAACAUGGGCUCUGUGCAGGGACACUACGUCCAACAGGGAAAACGAGUGGAUGAAAGCCCCAGCCUGGGAGCCGUGAAGCUGCAGGAAGCCCCCUCGGCCCCCUCCCAGAUGAAGCGCACCGGAGCCAUCAAGCCCCGGGCCGUCAAGGUGGAGGAGAGCAAAGCCUGAAGGCGCCUGGUGCCCCUGCCUCCCCCUCGGGGACGCCGCGGCCCGGACCGCUGCCCACCCACCCGGCCUGGCCUGCGAGCUCUCCACUCCACUCCACGUCAGCCAGCGCGCACUGUGGAUACACGGCAUCGACCUGCUUGCUUUGAUUCCAAACACAAGAGCAACGACCCCCCUCCCCCCGUGACUGGAGUCGCCUUCCGUGCCGUGCAGACCCGCCCGCCCGCCCCUCCCCUGGCACGGUGGUUUGGCAGCAGGGUCAUUUUAGCCGAAGGCUUUUUGUUUUAAGAAGCAGCUACGGUUUUUACAAAGGGGAAAGGAAAACCAACGCCAGCUACCGUCUGUAUAGCUGAACUUUUCUACGUUCCUCGCUCUCCUCUCCCUGUCCCUCGGCGGUCCCAGUGGUCUCCUUUUACCUCUGUCUUGUUUGACACAUCGCUGCGAGAGCUUAAGAGAUGGCUCUUGAGAAUGUGCCCCUGCCCCUGGUGGGUGGACCUUUGGGGUUCCAAGGACGUGAUCGGGAGCGCUCUGCUCGUCCGACCGCCGCCUCGGAGGCCGCGCGGUGAGCGGAGCUGUAGGUAGGUGGUGGCUUCGUGGCUGAGGCCCGUGACGCGUUCACACGAGAGUUACACGCUGCUGGCCCGGCUCCUCUGAAGCCCGGGGCCGUGCCGACUGCCAGGCCCGGGAGGUGAAUGGUGGGGCCGCUGUAUUUCAGGUUGGCUGCGAUGGCGCAGCGGACACCGCUAGGCUGCAGAGCUGUGCUGGGCUUUCGGGGCCCACACCUUGCCCCGGAGGCUGUCGGGUCCCCUCUGAAUCUCCCGCCUUCUCCCCAGCCCUCGUGCUCACCAGAGGAGCCGUUGACGGGCGCAUGGACACCUGUUUGCUCUCUGAACAGAGACAGUGCUCCCUAAGGCAGCUGGCAGGAGGGGCCUCUCUCACUCCUCUUCUCUCUUCCCACAGCAGACCCUGGGAAGCUGGGGUGUGGGGAGCAGGGCUGAGCUGACCAGCAGGCCGGACCCCAGUGGCUUGUCCCCACUGUGAGCAAGACCACGCCUCCGAGGCUUUCUCGGGAAGGACAUCCUCUUACAGGGCUGCUGCUUCCAGAACGUUUGCAUGGGCCGCGGUGGUUGGGCUUCUGGCUUUUUCAUCAGAAAUGGGGAUAAAUCAUCUGUAACGCCAUCGUUCCGAGGGAAGAGGAGGGGGAUUCCAGUUCCUCACAAGCUCUCGGGGGUCCUUGACGAAUCUCCCAUCUGUGGGAGCUGCUGCCUGCCCCCCACCCCCUGAGAUCUGCCAUCACGCAGGCGGUCCCCAGGUGCGGGCCGCGAGCUGCGGGAUGCAACCCGGGAGGAAGCAGCUGAGGUCUGAGCGAGACCGGGGUGCAGCGCCCCUCAGCACAGAACGCCACUGCUCAUUCCUGUCGGCAUCUGGCCAGGACAGCCCAGCGGAAAGGCCUUCCUGCUUCUCACUAGCUCCCAGCCCCUCCGCCCUGGCCUCUACCCCACUCCCUGUCGCUUUUUCUUCAUCACCGUUGAGUCUUGCCCCGCCCCAAGGGCUGCCCACAUGGAGUUUCCAGCCUGUGUCUCCUGUCUGCUUCCUCCUCCCCCCC